GGGAUCAAUACUGUGACUUCAGAACUGGACGCUGUUACUACAUCAACACCGUUACCGAGGAGCGCUCGUGGAAACCUCCGCGCCGAGCCCGCGAAAGCCACGCCCACCAAAACAAGGUCGGGAUGGUUCAGCGUGACAUCAGGCACCUGUCGCUCCCAUUACAGAACUCAGGAAGCAGCUCAAUGCACAGGCUCUCGCCUGACCUCUCCUACAUUACCCAUGAUGCCAAUGGCUGGCAGCUGAGUCAGAGAAUGCAGCACGCGGCGUCUUCUGAAGCACUUAGCUCCGCCUCUGAUGCGUUAGGCGACGCCCAUUACAGAAGCUCCAUCAGCCAAUCCUACUCCAUGUUCCUCCCCUCACAGGAACAGAGAGCUUCUGCAAAUGGCAAGUCAGAUUACAGUCUGGAGGAAUCUGACAGCUCCACAGACACUGAAGGAGUCACACCGGAACUUGAAAAGGCCGGUCUGCUCAACAAAACCAAGAUAGCAGAAGGAGGCAGGAAACUGAGGAAAAACUGGAACCCGUCAUGGGUGGUGCUGGUGGGAAACAGUCUCGUCUUCUUCAAAGACCCCAAAAGCCAGAAUCCUGACAGCUGGAAGCCGGGGAACAGUCGUCCGGAGAGCAGCGUGGAUCUGAGAGGAGCUCAGCUUCAGUGGGCCAACGAUCUGUCCAGCAGAAAAAACGUCUUCAAGCUGAGGACGGUUACAGGAAAUGAAUUUUUGCUGCAGUCAGAGACAGAAUUGCUCAUCAGAGAAUGGUACAGAACCAUCCAAAAUGUCAUCGACAGGCUGGAUAAGGAGAAUCCUCUGGAUAACGUGCUGCAGUAUUCUCUGAGGAGAGCCGGAUCGGUGGAGAUGUUGGAUCAGAGCGGAGACGAGGACGAGACUCGCGGUGGAAAUAAGACCUCAUUGCCUCGCUCCGCGUCUAACCUGGAGAGCUCGGAGCACAAGCGUGUGAAGAGCCGCUUGAAGAAGCUGAUCCUCCGGAGACCUCCGCUGCAGACGCUGCAGGAGAAAGGACUCAUUAAAGAUCAGGUGUUCGGCUGUGGGCUGGAGCUGCUGUGUGAGCGAGAGAAGAGCUGCGUCCCUCAGUUCGUCAGGAAAUGCACCGAUACUGUGGAGAGGAGAGGUUUGGAGACUGAUGGGAUUUACAGAGUCAGCGGGAAUCUGGCCGUCAUUCAGAAACUGCGCUUCUCUGUCAAUCACGAGCGAGCCGUGACCACAGAUGGACGCUAUCUCUUCCCUGAGGAUUUAGUUCAAGAGCGUCUGGAUCUGGACGACCCGCAGUGGGAGGACAUCCACGUCAUCACCGGAGCACUCAAGCUGUUCUUCAGAGAGCUGCCCGAGCCGCUCGUGCCCUACGAGUUCUUCCAGGACAUCGUGGAGACCGUCAAACUGUCUGAUCACGAGGAGAAGGUGGAGAGACUGAAGCUGCUGGUCCUCAGUAUGCCUCCGCCCAACCACCACACCCUACGACACAUGAUCCGACACCUCAGACGGGUGAUGGAGUGCUCCGACAGCAAUCGCAUGACCACGCAGAACAUCGGCAUCGUGUUCGGCCCCACGCUGAUGCGUCCCGAGAACGAGAGCGGAAACAUGGCCUUUAACAUGGUGUACCAGAACCAGGCCGUGGAGCUGCUGCUGAGCCAAUACCUGCAGAUCUUCGGAGACGAGCAGACGGGAGCUUCCUGAAACAAUCCCAGACUGCACUGGGACACGAGGACGAGUCUGGACACAGACUGCAGCAUUACUCCACAGACUCACCGGAGAUAUGAGAGACCACCACCGGCUCACGUGUCACAAAUAAUAAGAGUAAUAAAAAGAAAUAAUAUUUUGCAUGAAGAAAAUGAAUUUUUACGACCAUUAAGAUCACAUAAUAAUAUUGUCCUAUUUUUAAUUAAACACAUUUUCGACAUAAAUUCUC